AUGCAAGGCACGGGCACCUUCAGCAUCGCCACGACACACACACAAGCACGCCACGUAUUGCCCACGCCAAUAGCCAAGCUGCGCAAGAACUUCCCGCAAGUCAGCAUCAGCCUACACCAGGGCACCCCGGACCAAGUCGCCCACAUGGUCUUAGAAGAUAUAGCAGAGCUGGGCAUUGCCACAGAAUCUUUGGGCAAUUACGCCAAUUUGGUCACCCUACCUUGCUAUCACUGGCACCACGUUCUGAUAGUCCCCAAGGGACAUGCGCUGACGCAAUUAAAAAAACCCAUCAGCCUCAAGCAACUGGGAAGCUACCCCCUGAUCACCUACCACCCCACCUUUACAGGCCGUACCCGCAUUGAUCAGGCCUUUGCGCGGGCGGAUAUCAAGCCCCACAUCGUACUAGAAGCCAUAGACUCCGAUGUCAUAAAAACCUAUGUCCGCAGCGGCUUAGGGCUGGGCAUUAUCACUGAAGUGGCCGCCGGCCCUGACCUUAAACCUGACCUCAUUGCCCUGCCCGCUGCGCAUCUGUUUGGCGCCAAUACCACCUAUAUCGCUUUUAAGCGUGGGACCUAUCUGCGCCAGUUCGUCUACAGCUUU